UACUUGAGUCAUUUUCUAUAAAGAUGUCUUUACUUUUACUCAAGUAUGACAAUUGGGUACUUUUUCCACCACUGAGGGUAAUGUUAUAUCUUGCCACCGUCAAUCUCGAUCUGUGACUUGAUUAUUGAUACAAGCAUCUGUAAGAAACUAGACAGAUCACUUGGGUCAACAUUCAAUUAUUACCGCUAGAGAAACAAAGAAGUUACAAGAUUUUAUGUUAUUUGAGAAUCAAAAAUGGCUAAAAUGUUGAUAGGGACAAUGAAAUCAGCACUGCUCAAUGCCUUUUGAAAGUGACUUGUUUCGGCUCUGACUGUGUUGUAAGUUGAACACCACUGUGGCCGACUGUAACCUGAUCUCCAACACACUGCUGUAAUUACAAGGUGCACGCAGGGAAACAUAGAGAGAGAUUUGUAAUUAGACCUGUCUAUAAAAAGAGCCAGGCAAAGGGCGAGGUCCCCAUACAGAGAGAGAGAGAGAAAAGGGGCGAGAGACAGGCCAAGGACACCCAGCUUGAAGGGAGAGAGGGAGGCUGCUUGGAGCCAUAGGAAGGAGGCUUCCUGGAGGCAUUGUACACAGACCCAGACAGCAAGAACACCCAGCCUGAAGGGAAGGAGGCUGCCUGGAGGCAUAGGAAGGAGGCUGCCUGGAGGCAAAGGAAGGAGACUGCCUGGAGGCAUAGGAAGGAGGCUGCCUGGCAUUGUUGAGAAUAAGUGACACCCAGACCCAGACAGCAAAGACACCUAACCUGAAGGGAAGGAAGCUGCCUGGAGGCAUCACUGGGAAGAAGAGACACCCAGACAGCUUUCGGCAGCCAGGGGACAGGAGGUGUGACCAUGGACCCCCAAGGCGGACACUACCUGAACAAGGCGGCGGUGCUGUCUCCUCUAGGAGCGGCCCGUAUGCUCCAGCUCCUCCUGGGCUGCACCAUCAUAGCCCUGGUGGCCCACAGCGCCGGCUACAACCACGCCUAUGGCAUCUACUGCAUGUUUGUGUGGUGCUUCUGCUUCGCCAUGACCCUGCUGGUGUUCACUAUGGAUGUGACACGCCUCCCCUGCUGCAUGCCCAUCUCCUGGGACAACCUCACCGUGGCGUUCGCCAUGCUUGCCACACUCAUGUAUGUCACCGCCUCCGUCGUCUACCCCGUCUACUUCCUGCGCUCCCAGUGCUCCAAGUCCGACGGGGGCUGCGAGGUGCGCAACUACCGCAUCGCUGUCACCGUCUGCUCUAGUUUCUGCUGCUUCGCCUACGCGGCUGAGGUGUUCCUGACCCGGGCCAAACCGGGCCAUGUGGUGGGCUACAUGGCCACCAUGUCAGGCCUGCUCAAGGUGGUCCAGGCCUUCGUGGCCUGCAUUAUAUUCGGGGCCCUGGCCAACGGCAGCGAGUAUAACCGCCACAUCCCCACUCAUUACUGCGUGGUGGUCUACAGCCUGUGCUUCUCCAUCACCGUGGUCGUGAUCGCUGUGACCGUGUCGGGAAAAGCCUCGGCUCUGCCCCUGCGUUUCCCCUUCGACCGCUUUGUGAUCAUUUACACCUUCCUGGCGACGCUGCUGUACCUGAGUGCUGCCCUGGUGUGGCCCAUCUUCAGCUUCGACAGGAAGUAUGGCACGCCAGGUCGCCCCGAUGGCUGUCCCUGGGAGAACUGUCCCUGGGACAGCAAGCUGGUGGUGGCGGUGUUCACCCAUGUCAACAUGGUGCUGUACUUCAGUGACCUAAUCUACUCCCAGAGGAUCCGCUUUGUCUCCCACUCUGCUGCCUGAGGACCCCUCCACCCCCCUCACUCCAUUCUGCUGCUUGAGGACCCCUUCAUCCUCCUCACUCCACUCUGCUGCCUGAGGACCCCUCCACCCCCCUCACUCCACUCUGCUGCCUGAGGACCCCUCCACCCUCCUCACUCCACUCUGCUGCCUGAGGACCCCUCCACCCUCCUCACUCCACUCUGCUGCCUGAGGACCCCUCCACCCUCCUCACUCCACUCUGCUGCCUGAGGACCCCUCCACCCUCCUCACUCCACUCUGCUGCUUGAUGACCCCUUCACCCUCCUCACUCCACUCUGCUGCUUGAGGACCCCUCCACCCUCCUCACUCCACUCUGCUGCUUGAGGACCCCUCCACCCUCCUCACUCCACUCUGCUGCUUGAGGACCCCUCCACCCUCCUCACUCCACUCUGCUGCUUGAGGACCCCUUCACCCUCCUCACUCCACUCUGCUGCCUGAGGACCCCUCCACCCUCCUCACUACUGAGGACCCCUCUACCCUCCUCACUCCUGGGGUGAAUCUCAAACUUUUUUUCCUCGGUUCCUCAUGGGACACGACGUCUUCUCUCUUCGCCUGCAUAUCAAAACGUAUGAGGUAAGGGAGGAGAGCAUUGGGGAAGACAAGAGGAGAUACGAUCCUUGAAUGGACUUCUGCCUCACUCUGACGUUGUGAGAAGGAGGCGUGGAGAGGGGAGACAAGGAAUUGAGGGAAAUACUUUUGAGAUGCACCCCUGGCCCUCAGUGACAGACAGAGACCACACUGGAAAUGACACACAGCAUCUCCACUCAAGUGCCUCUGAAUGCCCCAUGCCUACUACAGAUUACAGAUCUCCUCAAUGAUGUCAUGCCUUUGUGCCUUUGUUAUGUCUUUCUUAACAUCAGUGUUGUGCCUUUCUUAACAUUAGUGUUAUGUCUUUCUUAACAUUAGUGUUAUGUCUUAACAUCAGUGCUGUGCCUUUCUUAACAUCAGUGUUAUGUCUUAACAUCAGUGCUGUGCCUUUCUUAACAUCAGUGUUAUGUCUUAACAUCAGUUCUGUGCCUUUCUUAACGUCAGUGUUGUGUCUUUCUUAACAUUAGUGUUGUGUCUUUCUUAACAUCAGCUUUAUGUCUUUCUUAACAUCAGUGUUGUGUCUUUCUUAAACAUCAGUGUUUUGUCUUUCUUAACAUCAGUGUUGUGUCUUUCUUAACAUCAGUGUUGUGUCUUUCUUAACGUCAGUGUUGUGUCUUUCUUAACAUCAGUGUUGUGCCUUUCUUAACAUCAGUGUUAUGUCUUAACAUCAGUUUUGUGUCUUUCUUAACAUCAGUGUUGUGUCUUUCUUAACAUCAGUGUUGUGUCUUUCUUAACAUCAGCGUUAUGUCUUUCUUAACAUCAGUGUUUUGUCUUUCUUAACAUCAGUGUUGCGUCUUUCUUAACAUCAGUGUUGUGUCUUUCUUAACAUCAGUUUUGUGUCUUUCUUAACAUCAGUGUUGUGCCUUUCUUAACGUCAGUGUUGUGUCUUUCUUAACAUUAGUGUUGUGUCUUUCUUAACAUCAGCGUUAUGUCUUUCUUAACAUCAGUGUUGUGUCUUUCUUAAACAUCAGUGUUUUGUCUUUCUUAACAUCAGUGUUGUGUCUUUCUUAACAUCAGUGUUGUGUCUUUCUUAACGUCAGUGUUGUGUCUUUCUUAACAUCAGUGUUGUGCCUUUCUUAACAUCAGUGUUAUGUCUUAACAUCAGUUUUGUGUCUUUCUUAACAUCAGUGUUGUGUCUUUCUUAACAUCAGUGUUGUGCCUUUCUUAACAUCAGUGUUAUGUCUUAACAUCAGUUUUGUGUCUUUCUUAACAUCAGUGCUGUGCCUUUCUUAACAUCAGUGUUGUGUCUUUCUUAACAUCAGUGUUAUGCCUUUCUUAACAUCAGUGCUGUGCCUUUCUUAACAUCAGUGUUAUGCCUUUCUUAACAUCAGUGUUGUGUCUUUCUUAACAUCAGUUUUGUGUCUUUCUUAACAUCAGUGUUGUGCCUUUCUUAACAUCAGUGUUAUGUCUUAACAUCAGUUUUGUGUCUUUCUUAACAUCAGUGCUGUGCCUUUCUUAACAUCAGUGUUGUGUCUUUCUUAACAUCAGUGUUAUGCCUUUCUUAACAUCAGUGCUGUGCCUUUCUUAACAUCAGUGUUAUGCCUUUCUUAACAUCAGUGUUGUGUCUUUCUUAACAUCAGUUUUGUGUCUUUCUUAACAUCAGUGUUGUGUCUUUCUUAACAUCAGUGUUAUGCCUUUCUUAACAUCAGUGCUGUGCCUUUCUUAACAUCAGUGUUAUGCCUUUCUUAACAUCAGUGUUAUGUCUUUCUUAACAUCAGUGUUGUGUCUUUCUUAACAUCAGUUCUGUGCCUUUCUUAACAUCAGUGUUAUGUGUUAACAUUAUUAUCAGUAUUACAGUGGCUUGCGAAAAUAUUCACCCCCCUUGGCAUUUUUCCUAUUUUGUUGCCUUACAA